UAUAAAAAUCACAUUUUAUUUGCCGGAACUCUCUGAUUUCCUCCAUUUCUCAAAAUGGGACAGGAAAUUCAGAGUUUGGUAGUUGUGUUCGGUUUGUGUUUUCUUCUUAGGCACGUUUUUUGUGAUGUUAUAUUACUGAAGAACAAUUUGAACGCUUCAUGUUUUCCUGAGGAGGAUAAUCUUGUGGCAUAUUUGGCACCGCCAAAUGUGCAGCCCAAAAGAGAUAACGACUUUGUCGACCAUGUUGUGGGAGAAAAUGAUGACUGGCUCCAAGUUUCAGCCAACGAAUCUAUAACCGACUUUAGAUGGACAGAAUCUGAAAUCACUAAAAGCAAUAAUUCACAAUUUAGCUUUGACCAGGCAAUUUCGUUUUCGGUUUAUGCUCCAUUCAGUUUUAAAUUAAACAUUAUAUAUAUUAUCCAGGACGACAAUCCCUAUCCCAGAUCACAUACAUGUGAUCUAAUAAAAAAUUUUACUACUGGAUGGUUUCGCUUCACUUUACUUCAAAAAAAUCAAAGCCUGAUAUUGUACGAAAACGGAAAGUUGGUAAAAAAUAUUUCUCAUAAAUGGGAAAGCCAUAUAUCACGUGGACAGAAAAAUGUAACAAUAGCAAAUUCCAAUGAAACGUUUUGGAAAAUACAUAACUUGAAAUUUAGGUGGUCAAAUACUACGACGCAUAGUGAACCUACAAUACUAAAAACUUAUCGUUUGGAUAUAUCAUGCUUAUCAAUGUAUUAUUAUUUGUGCGAAAACUGUUUUCUGGAAGUUAAUUCAACAACGCUUGGUGAAACGUAUAAUUUUACAAAGAACAAGAAUCAAACCAAAUUGUGGAGCAAUUCGAAAAUUAAAUUAAAAUAUGGCAAAGAAAAUGUUAUUGCUAUUUAUCGAAGAAUAGUUGGUAAUGAUGAUGUGAAUGGAACGUGGGGUCUGGAUAUAAGAUACUGUAGAAAUUUUCAAGACAGUAUUGUAAGAAAAAAUAUCUCACUUGGUGAAGAAAUCUCUUGUAAAAUAUUAAACGAAGAAGAAAUUGCAGUCAACACCACAGGUGUAGGAAAUGAUGAACUCUGUGAAAAACCCGGAAAACUUGGAAUUAACUGCAUGCAUAGCUGUUCAGAAGUUCUAGGUCCUUAUUUUCCUCAUUGCGAACGACAUAGGAUCUGCCGAAAUUCUAACUGUUCGUGCGCUUGGGGUUUUCGUGGAGAUCAAUGUGACACAGACUGUGACGAUAGUACGUACGGAUUAAAUUGCAGCAGGAAAUGUGAAAAUUGUCAGAAAUGCGAUAAAAUAACAGGAAAGUGCCCUUCCCCAGACGUUUCCGCUACUUCGGCCUACUCAAUAGUAAUACCAAUAAUAGUAGUAACAUUAGUUGUUUUUAUUAGUAUUCUGUGUUACGUGUAUAGAAAGAGAAUACUGACUUGGUAUAAUAAUUUAUGUAAAGGCGGUGAUGCUUCAGAGUCACCUCAGGUCGAAUACUCUAAGGAAUUCAAGCCUCUUAGAGCACAAGAUUCAACAGAGUUAUAAAUGAACUAUUGACAAAAAUAAACACUUUUACUUCCCGAGCGUAAGCGAACUUUUUUAGAAUACAGUUAAUACGACUAGUUUAUAACAGUUAACUUUUCAACUACUGCGUAUUUCACUUUAAGUUAGCAGCAUUUAUAUUAGAAAAUUUGCGAUCGUGUUAACUCAGUAGAAACGUGCCAAUUUUAUGUUGAAGUUUUUGUUAUAAGUGGCGGUUUUUUUGAAAUUUUAUGUUUUAUUUUUUAAAUUGUAAUACAUAUAAUUACGUGUUUACUGUAAUAAUCUGUAUCUAUAGCAACUCCUUCCAUGAACAAUUUUUAUAUAGGUAGAUUUUGUAAAAAAACACGUAACUGUUAAUUCUUGUAGUCAAAAUUUUUGUUGUCCAAUAUUUAUUUUAUGUAAGUUGCCAGACUCCGUUCAUUUUUAUAAGGGGACGUUUUACUUCAGUUACUCAGCAUAAUAAUGAAAUGUAAAUUCUAUUUUUGGGCUAAAAUUGUAUCACUCGCAAACGUCACCUUAUAUGAAUUUAUUUCAUGUGUAUUUGCGUUAUUUUUUAUUUUUUUAAUGAAACACGAAAAUAAAAAAUUUGAAGUCUU